AUGGAUGCAAAUGAAACAGAAACGAUUGAUUUGGUGAGCACUGUGGGUGGUUCUCUGCUUGAGUGGGUCAGAAUCGCCAUAUUGCCGUACAUCUUGGUCUGUGUGUACAUCAGUAUCAUCGUGCUUGGGGUAAGUCUGAAUGUCACCCUGAUUGUGAUGUUCAGAAAAUGGAAACAUCACAAGACUCCAGGGAACGCCUUUAUCCUCCAGAUGGCGCUGGUGGACAUCGCAAUGUGUGUCUUCUGCUUCCCACUUACAACAAUGGCUGCCAUCUCGAAAACAUGGCCGCUGCCGGAUGUCGUCUGCUCUGUUCUUGGAGUUGCAUCCAGAUGGUUUUAUCAUUUGCCCUUUGUGUUUUUGAGUUGCUGUGCUGUUGAACGAACUAUCAAGAUACGAAACAAGGAACUUUACAUGAGAACAUUUGGUAAGACGACUUUCGUUAUUUUCGUCAGUGGGAUAACAUGCACUCUUACAUUUGGUGUUGCCGUUCUUCCUGUCAUUCCUGCUGAAGUCCUUGGAGAAAUCAUGUACAAUAAGAUCACUUAUCAGUGUGAGCUGGUCCAAGAUUCAAGUCAUUUUAUUCAUAAUUUUGACUUUGUAAUGAGCGUGGCUGCAUCAGCCGUGACAUAUUUCGUGUGUGGUGUGCUGAUCUUUAGAGUAAGGCGUAAAUCCGUACCAAUCAAACCUGAUGACAGUUUGGAACUAGAAACAAUGACAGCAGAGUACCCAGGGACCAUGGGGUAUCUAAGGUCUGCCUCAAGUCUGUCUUCCAACUCCACAUCUCUCAUCGCGGUAUCAGUCAUUGGUGGAAAACGCAAAACCAAAAGAAUUGACAUCAAUAUUCCGCGUGGGCUUCAGAAGCUGCAGACGAAGGGAGAGUUCGUGGUGGAAGUCCUGAGAGACGACAGCGCCGAUGCAGACUACCACAUGGUCAUCACAUACGUCAUCACAUGGGUAAUGGUAACCUUGUUCACGUUGAUUCAACCUAUGUUAACGUACAUCGAAGUGUACGGCGCAGUUCCGUUAUGGGGCGGAGCUCAUAUCAUUGCCAUCAUGGUAGGAUCGAUGUCUUUCUGUGUGAAGCCUAUUGUCUACCUGUCCCACAACAAAUACUUCCGGAGGCAAACUGAGUGUGUCCUUCCUACUGUCCUGACGAAAACUGUCACAAAGGUGAAGGUCACUGUGUCGGCCUCAGUUGAUAAACUGGAGAGAGCCGUCUUCAGAAUGAACUCUACGAAGCCAUUCAAGGGAUCUUCAGGCGAGAGAAACAUCAGGCCGGCUUCUGCUGAUUCCUCUGACAGCCGGACAGGAUCAGAUCAGAUACUGUCAAGGUCAUCUACUGAUAUGACGAUGUUCAGUAUGGGAAUGUCCAGGUCAUCAACCAAGUUCUCGGAGGACAUGCAUGACAGGGCGGGUACGGUUUGUGAGGUCACAGCAUACUGA